GAUAACGGCGGAGGGUCUCGUGGCGCUAAUCCUGUGCGCUAGCCCUUGAGCGGACCCUGGGAUUUCUUUGAGCAGGCUGUUGAGGAGACGGGAGUGGACGCUUUGAGGCACUGGGGCUCAAGAUUUUCUUUUUUGAGUAUACUGAAGUACAAAAACCAUCAUCAUGGAUUUUCAACAUCGACCUGGGGGCAAGACUGGGAGUGGUGGGGUGGCUUCAUCCUCAGAGAGCAACCGUGAUAGAAGGGAACGCCUCCGACAACUGGCUCUUGAAACUAUUGAUAUCAACAAGGAUCCAUAUUUUAUGAAGAAUCAUUUGGGUUCUUAUGAAUGCAAACUCUGCUUAACACUUCACAACAAUGAGGGAAGCUACUUAGCGCAUACUCAGGGGAAAAAACAUCAAACAAAUUUGGCUCGAAGAGCAGCAAAAGAGGCCAAGGAAGCUCCAGCCCAGCCAGCACCAGAGAAAGUCAAAGUAGAAGUGAAGAAGUUUGUGAAAAUUGGUCGUCCAGGCUACAAAGUGACUAAACAACGGGAUACAGAAAUGGGCCAGCAGAGCCUCCUCUUCCAGAUUGAUUAUCCUGAGAUUGCUGAGAGCAUCAUGCCACGCCAUCGGUUCAUGUCUGCAUACGAGCAGAGGAUUGAACCCCCAGACAGACGCUGGCAGUAUCUUUUAAUGGCAGCUGAGCCCUAUGAAACUAUUGCUUUCAAGGUGCCAAGUAGAGAGAUUGACAAGGCAGAAGGGAAGUUUUGGACCCACUGGAACAGAGAAACUAAGCAGUUUUUUCUCCAGUUCCAUUUUAAGAUGGAGAAGCCUCCUGCUCCUCCAGCCCUCCCUGCUGGGCCUCCUGGAGUGAAGCGGCCCCCACCCCCACUGAUGAAUGGUUUGCCUCCUCGGCCACCUCUGCCAGAGUCUUUGCCACCUCCACCUCCAGGUGGCAUGCCUCUGCCACCCAUGCCUCCCAGUGGGCCUGCACCCCCAGGCCCUCCUGGGCCUCCUCAGAUGCCCCCUCCUGCACCUGGAGUUCAUCCUCCUGCUCCUGGGGUUCACCCUCCAGCUCCUGGGGUUCACCCACCUGCUCCUGGGGUUCACCCUCCAGCUCCUGGGGUCCACCCACCUGCUCCCGGAGUACACCCUCCUGCUCCCGGAGUACACCCUCCUGCUCCAGGGGUGCACCCUCCUGCUCCAGGAGUGCAUCCCCCAGCUCCUGGGGUACAUCCCCCGGCUCCUGGGGUACAUCCCCCAGCACCUGGGGUGCAUCCUCAGGCUCCAGGGGUUCACCCCCAGGCUCCAGGCGUGCACCCUCAGGCUCCAGGGGUUCAUCCUCAGGCUCCAGGAGUUCACCCCCAAGCACCUGGGGUUCAUCCUCAGGCUCCAGGAGUUCAUCCCCAAGCACCUGGGGUUCACCCUCAAGGUCCUGGAGUACACCCCCAAGCACCUGGGGUUCAUCCUCAGGCUCCAGGGGUACACCCCCAAGCACCUGGGGUUCACCCCCAAGCUCCAGGGGUUCAUCCCCAAGCACCUGGGGUACACCCCCAGGCUCCUGGGGUUCAUCCCCAGGCUCCAGGAGUUCAUCCUCAGGCUCCAGGAGUUCACCCCCAAGCACCUGGAGUUCACCCCCAGGCUCCAGGGGUUCACCCUCAGGCUCCAGGGGUUCAUCCUCAAGCUCCUGGGGUUCACCCUCAGGCUCCAGGGGUUCAUCCCCAAGCUCCAGGGGUUCACCCCCAAGCCCCAGGUGUACACCCCCCAAACCCAGGAGUACAUCCCCCAACUCCUAUGCCCCCAAUGUUGCGGCCCCCUCUUCCCUCAGAAGGGCCUGGAAAUAUUCCUCCUCCUCCACCAACCAAUUGAAAAGUUUUUCUUCCUCCCCUACCAAGUUGGUUUUUAUUUACAUUUCAUCAUUUUCCCAAAGACAAGUUUUGAUGGUUUUUGUAUAGGGGUUUGGACUCUGUCCUCAAAAGUUGAUUAAAUAGGUUUCUACCUUGUU